AUGAAUGCUUUGUUGGAGUUGUUUAAAACAAAAGAUCCAGAGGCCAACCUAGAUACGGUUAAAAAAAUCACCACUUUAAGAAAUUGUUUUAAAAAGGAAUUUAAUAAGGUUAAGGUAUCGGAAAGAUCUGGUGAAGGAACAGCAGAAAUUCAUGUCCCUAAGUUGUGGUACUACAGUGAAAUGCUCUUCUUGGCAGAUGUGGAUGUACCAAGGGUCUCAAGAUCAGUAGAUUCCAUCCUCGAUGACAUGCCGUUUGAAGUUGGUGCUGAGAUCAGCGAUGAUGAAAAUGAAGCCAAUUUAUCGAUGAAUGUGCAAUCGCCACUUUCACAAAGUAGUGGGGCUUCAUCGUCAAGAACUCAAACACGAAAAACCAAAGCCCAAGCUGAUAAUGUUUUGGCAAAGAUAGCGAAGAAACUGGAUGAACCUCCACGGGCGAAACAGCAAUAUGAGUCAUUUGGUGAACAUAUUGCGGAAAAAUUAAGAAAUUUGCCGACGAUGAUGGCUACGUACUGCCAAAAAAUAUUUAAUGAUGCGAUAUUCAUGGCUGAAACUAACAAUUUAACUAUUGAUUCGCACAUUGUACAUCAUAAUUCAAACCAGAAUAAUGUCAAUAAUUCGCAAAUGUAUUUGAAUCCACCAAACCAGAACCAUUAUAAUUCUGGUAUUUUGAAUAAUUCGGUAAAUCAGCUUGGAUAUUCACAACAGGAUCAUAACAUAUUGUAUGAAGCAUUUGCUUCCGCUAUAGCCGACACACAUUCAGACAACACUGAAUAA